UGAAGGCAUCAUUUCAACAAAACAAGCAAACAAACAAAACUUGUUCAGUUUUUGUUGGCGGUCCGCGGAUUGCUUGGGAAAAAUCUUGAAAAGUUAAGUUCAAAGUACUAUUAAAACAAAUCCACACAACUGUAAAAUGGAUUUUAUAGAACAAUUUAAAAAUACAACACUUAGUUUGCCGAAGUUACCCUUACACUACAUCGAAACUAUUCGUUCGGAAAAUGGUCAAGUGAUUCCAGAUCAUUUGCAAUGCAAUUCAAAGCAGCCUUUCGGAACAGGACCCGUAUUCAAAACGGGAAUUAUCAGCUACAAGGUGCUUGCCGAAGGAGAAGGAGUGAAAACCGUUUACGAAGUUUCGAUCAAGGAGCCCCCCAACAUGCCGGAUUACUUUCCGGGAGAUGUGAUUGGCAUUCUUACACAAAAUCUUGCCUCCGACGUUAACUUCGUGCUGGACCGAAUGCACCUGACCGAAAUAGCCGAAUGCGUGUUCGAGGUCAAACUGGCCAAACCGGUGAAGAAGAAAAAUCCGGAGCUUCCACCGUACGUUCCUAAGUUCAUUACGCCUCGGCGACUGCUGACGGAAUGUUUGGACUUCAGAAUCAUUCCACGAAAAUUGACCCUGCAAGUGCUAGCUAACUAUACUUCUGAUCCAUGUGAGAAAAGGCUUCUGGAAAUCCUUGCAUCCAAGGAGGGAGCAUCGUUCUACAAUGAAUUCGUUCUAAAGAAUGAAAUGAAUUUUAUGCAUUUGCUCAAAAUUCUAUCCUCCUGCCGUCCAUCACUGGCCAUGCUGAUCGAACAUUUUCCACGCUUGCAAGCUAGGCCGUACUCGAUAGCGAAUUAUGACCGUGGAAACCAAAUUCGCAUCGUCUUUGCUAUGUUGAACGAUGGCAGGACUGGCAUCACAACUACCAUGCUGGAAAAUAAGCUCCUCUACGCAGCUCGGUACGACAAGUACAUUUAUAUGUACCUCAGGCAGGUGAAGCCCGUUUUCCAGUAUCGCGAGGAUGAUUUAGAGAAGAACAUCAUAAUGAUUGGACCCGGUACGGGAAUAUCGCCAUACAUGGGAUUCCUCGAGUUUCGAAAACGGGCCAAACAGUUCAACAAAAAGUCCAAGAUGGGUACAGCCCUGUUACUGACCAGCUGUCGGCAUCGUGAUCGUAACUACUUGAUGCAGGAUGAGAUUCAGCAGUACAUUCAGCUGGGAGUGCUCGAUAAAGUGUACGAUGCAUUUUCCAGAGAUGCCGACAGUAGGUACAAAUUUGUGCAGGACAUCAUCGAGGACAAGAAGGAUGAGUUCAUCAAGCUUCUGCUGGAGGACAACACCAAGCUCUACUUGUGCGGCGAGGGAAGAACCAUGCUGCCAAGAAUUCAGGACACCGUUUCGACGUGUUUGAGUAAGGUCAAAGGAAUAUCGAAGGUAGAAUCUGAUGCACUAUUAGGUGAGUAUAGAAAAACCGGCAAAUAUUUGUACUAUUCAAUGAUACGCUACUAAAUUCGUUGUGUACGCAAUAAAAAGCGAUAAUAAGAA